UGCAGCUGUAACCAUUGACACAAGAUUUAAAGAUGAUUCGAAUGGUGAAAUCUUGUGACCAGUCACAGCGACGUCUGGCGCUUUUCCUUAUUGUUGUCGUGACGUUAGAAGUGACAUUAAUAAGUUCAAUCAUCAAACAUGAGCACACGCUUGCACGCAAAGACUGGAGGUCGAACAAAAACAACAAACUCUCCGAGUUUUUAUUAAAGGAAAAUGGCAACAAAGCAAGGGCCAGGAGCUCGAGGAAAUCACCGGACAACCUCCCAUUUCACGCUCGGAAACGACGAAUGGAAGGUGAUGCCAACGUACACAAGUGAUUAUUCUUUUGUUCAUACAUUCCCAACUAUCAGAACAAAGAAAAGUGUUGAACAACCGUGUGCAGAGGUUAUACCUCCGGCUACCAAUGCUUUAGAGGAAGGGAAGUGGUACUCGUCAACGAUGCGAGACUUUGCGGAAUUUGGCCAGCUUUCACGAAGGAACGCAUAUGAAGCCAGUAAGUCAUCAUGCAAAAGAAACAAAGAUUUACAAACAUCGGAACUUGGACUUCUCCAGGAAGAUUCCAGGUUUCCUGUGACAACCAUGUACCGUGCUCAGAUGCCAAAAUGUACCACAGCUAGGCAGGUACUGUUCAAAACAAACCAAAAACCAUCAUCUGCAAAGACUAACAACUUUGUUACGGAGGCCCAGUAUGCUUUCCAGUGGCCAAUUUCAGAUCGCGUAAAACUACCAAUGCAUGUUCGAAACCCUUCAUCUCUCAUAUGAUCUAAACAGUAUUUUUUCUUUUGUAUUUUUUUUAUAUUAUUUUUAAUAUUUAUUAAUAAACUAAGUGUGUGUAAUAA